AUAUGCGGGUGGUGUCCGUGAAUAGAAAACGAUUUUGGCUGCUUAUCUGUCCGCGACUUUAAACAGGGCACAAAAGUCAAAUUCGUGGACGAACUCGAGCAGCUUCCUCCAAGUGUCAAAACAUUUGCGCCUCCUUCCACUUGUUGCAAAUAAUAUCAAAUUCCACCUAACCCCGAAAACGCCAACUGCUCCAAAUCUUGCAUUUUGAUUGAAAUCACUCUGCAAAAUCUCCUUUUUAGUGCUUCUUUAGAACUACUAGCAGCUCAUAAAUGGAGGGUCUUCUUCCACUUGUGUUCAGAGCAAUCAAGAAAAGCAGAACUCGCCGACAGUAUCACUGUCUUUCAACCGGAGCUUCUCUCAGCUACAUCAACAUGGCCGAGAUCUGUCCUCAGACUGAAUCUCAAAGCCAUGUCUAUGAGACAGCUCCCACCCAGAAAGUGGCUCAUCAUCAUCAUCUUUAUGCAGGGAACGACCAUGAUCAUCGUCAUCAUCGGCGACAUAAAUCUGUGGGAGACUUCGAUUAUGGGUUUCCGUCUGCUCACGAGGACAGAACAGACCGUGGCUCUUCCCCUCCGAAGCAGCUAGUGCGAUUUGGAAGUCAUAGAAUGUUUUCAUGUGUCAAUGGUGUCUAAGGUUGAAGCACCUUAUUGAUUUGCAUAUUUAAUAAAAAGGUCGAAGGUUUAACCUCGAUCCCAGUAAUGUUUCUUCUGUGAACUCCUUUCUGGGUUGAAUUAUAUCUGCACUUUCUUUCCGCUUCA